CAAACCUGUAGAAACACAUGCACGCAAACUACAUGACAGCGGAAGUCUUUCUCAGUGUCUUCCCCUCCCAUCAAAGGAUAACUGUACCUUUCAUUUUGACAGAAUCGUGAAGGGAUGUCUGUAAAGAUGGACAAGGAUGAGGAGGGGGAUUCUGGUUCAGGAGUUGCAGUCAUAGAGACCAAUCGCUUCGGCUUUAUUCUAGGUAAUGGAGAGACUGACAGUGAUGCUCCAUGUCCUGAGUUAGUUAGACAUCGAGAGAUAAAGUGGCUCGGCCUCAUUAAACAAUGGGAUCAAGUAAUGGAGAAAAAGAACAACAAGGUCAAAGGUCAAUGUCAGAAGGGCAUCCCAACAUCUGUCAGGGCUAGGUGCUGGCCACUGCUCUGUGGUGCUUUGGGCAGAAUGAAACAAAAUACAAAACUCUAUGAACGCCUGGUUGAAGCUCCAGAUCAGCAGGGAUGGACAGAUAUCAUCAAAAGAGACACAGAUAGACAAUUCCCCUUCCAUGAGAUGUUCCUGUCAAAAGAUGGCCAUGGUCAGCAAAACUUGCUUCAGGUUCUGAAAGCGUACACUCAAUACAAACCAGAAGAGGGUUACUGUCAGGGACAGGGACCAGUGGCAGCUGUACUUCUCAUGAACAUGCCAGCUGAGGAGGCGUUUUGGUGUUUGGCACAGAUUAGUGAGCACUACCUUCCUGGUUACUACAGCCCUCUAUUGGAAGGUGUUCUUUUCGAUGCUGCUGUUCUCUCAAGUGUGUUAAAAAAAUUGUGUCCGGCUGCAAACAAACACUUACAGAAUCAGGGGGUGGAGCCUCUCAUGUUUGCCACUGAUUGGUUAAUGUGCCUUUACAGCCGCCACCUGCCAUUCAACACACUUCUCAGAGUCUGGGAUCUCUUCUUUUGCUAUGGUGUGCGUGUGUUAUUUCAGGUUGCUGUGGUGCUGGUGCGGCGAUGUCUCGGAGAAGGACGACAGCGUAAAGAAUGUGAUGGGCAGAUGGAAACCCUGGAGGUUCUGCGUGGGGUUAAACAGCGUGUUCAAAAUGAUCCGACUGACGCCUUUAUUCACGAGAUAUGUUCUGUGGCGUUAUCAUCGACGGACCUGCAAAAACAAAUAGAUAAAGAGAUGGAGAAAUGGAAAAAAGAAAGACCGGACUCGACCUUUGAUCCUCGAGGCCGCUGUCAUGGAUACCGCAUGGCCUGGGAGAGAGUGCAGAAUAAACCAAUGGAAAACGAAAAGAAGGACAGAGUAAAAGUGAGCCUGACCCUUCCUCUGAUGCGUUCACAUUCCUCUCUCUCUCCUUCUGGUCUGCGCAAGAAAUGGAGAAAGAGACAAAGCAAAACUGACACAGAGGAGUGGGACGGAGGGGGGAGAAAGUUCUCGCAGGGUAUGUUGGAAGAGAGCGAUGAAGGGAUGAGGAGGAAAAGUGUGUGUGGUGUCGUUGGGGAGCAGAGAGCCAAACAGGACAGACUAGCAGAUGAGCUCCACACGCACAAACAGAAAGAUCACACCAAAGACGUUAACAUCUCAGUGGUGGUGACCUCGUGCGUUGACUAUGAUGUUUUCGAGGAAGAACAUAUAGAGACAGCGUGUGUGUCGCAGAUGCAAAGUGUGAUGGAGACAGAUUCUAGAUGCGAGGAUAAGUUACAUACACAUAGAGAUAAUCAUGAGGAAGAUACAGAAAGUCCUCUGAACCAACAAAAAGAGAACUCACCUGAAGGACAAGAUCAACGUGAUGCAGAAAAAACAGCUGCAUGUGGUGUGGUGGAGAGUAAAGAGACACAUAAUCAUGAGCCGAUAUCGAAAGGAGAGACAUGUCAAGGUGAACCCAUAUCGGAAAGAGAGACAUGUGAAGAUGAACCAAAAUCUGAAAGAGAUAAAUCGAUAUCGGAAAGAGAGACAUGUGAAGAUGAACCAAAAUCAGAAAGAGAUAAAUCGAUAUCGGAAAGAGAGACAUGUGAAGAUGAACCAAAAUCAGAAAGAGAUGAAUCGAUAUCGGAAAGAGAGACAUGUCAAGAUGAACCGAUAUCGGAAAGAGAGGCAUGUAAAGACAGAUCAAUAUCGGAACAACGGACGUGUCAAGAUGAACCAAUAUCGGAAAGACGGACGUGUCAAGAUGAACCAAUAUCGGAAAGAGAGACAUGUCAAGAUGAACCGAUAUUGGAAAGAGAGACAUCUCAAGGUGAACAAAAAUCAGAAAGCGAGACAUGUGAAGAUGAACCCAUAUCCAAAACAGAUACAUGUGAAAGUGAACCAAAAUCAGAAAGAGAUGAACCGAUAUCAGAAAGAGAAACGUGUCAAGAUGGUCCCAUAUCAGAAACAGAGACAUGUGAAGAUAAAAUGAUUUCAGAAACAGACACAUGUCAGGAUGAACAAAAAUCAGAAAGAGAGCCAAGCUGGAAAGAUGAACAGAACAUAGAAAAGAAAGAAAACCAAAAUGAACUAAAUGAGGAAAUUAGGAUAACGUCGAUAACUUCAGACUUAUGCAAAGAAAACAUACCAACAACAGAGACAUCACAUGGAAACUAUGAUUUACAAAAGGACAUACAGAACCACUCUGGUAAACAGGAAGAGGAAAUACAGUCAGAUGGCAACAAUCUGAAAGAUGAAAUUCAAACAGGGGGCUGUAAACCAAAAGGAGCUGAAAACGAGAAACCUGCUUCGCAAAAAGUCUUAAUACCUGAAAACACCCAUGAAGUGGAGAAAAGUAUACAAAACCAGCAUAACACCCUUGAGACAGAAGAACAGACAUACUUCCAAGAAGACUCAAGAACUCAAUCAUACAGCGUUGAACAUGAAGAAGACGUACAUUUAAAAAAACAGAAAGGAAACACAGAAACCAUUGGUGAGAGCCAUACUGAUGUAGAGAAAGCAAGAGUUCAGCGAGGUGUGGUCAGUGAUGUACAGAUCCCAGAGGAUAGAGAGAUAACAGAGCACUCAAACAGCACAAGAGAUGAUAAUACAGGAAGUGAGGAAAACACAAAGGAAAUAAGCCUAGAUGAUAGAGAUUGUGACAAUCAUAAAGCUAGCAAAGAGAUGACGCAAACAUGUGAGACAGUGCUAACAUCAUCCUCUGUGAAAACAGAAAGUGAAUUCACUUUUCAGAGUUUAGAUCGUCCUGUACAGCAAUUUCAAUCCAGUGACCCAGAGACCAAUAACAGUCAUUUGGAGUCAGAAGAAGUGGAAGUUACAUCGAGUGCUGCCGAACUCCCUAAUUCUCAAGUAGAGGAAACAAAAGUGGCAUCUGAAGACGGUGACAUGGAUACAGCCGCUGUUGCAACACAUGAUAGUGUGCUCAGCCCAGAAAACAGUGCAGGAAUCAAGACAGCUCUAUCUGAAAACUCUAAAUCUUGUGAGGUUAUUUCUAAUGAAAAAUCAAGCAACCUUGAAAACAAGGGAGAGUUUGGAGCAUGUACAUCUGGUGACCCAGAAAACAAUGACAAUGUUGGAAUAGACAAGGACCAACUUAAAGAUGAAUCUGGGAACCUAGAGAGCAAUGAAGUGCAUGUUACAGCUCAAUCUGGAAAAUAUGUCAACGUGCAUGUUAAAGCUGAAUCUGGCCAUGCGGGGAACAAUACAGGAGAGGGAUCUGGCAACCCAAGAUGUGAUGAUUCUGCUGGAUUUGGCAACGAUUGUGACAGUCAGUUAGAUUCCACAUCUUCAAGUACACCUUCCAAAACCCCAAACACCCCACCAGCUCACCUCUGUUUGCGCAGGAUGUCCAGCUCACGGACAUCCUAUCCCACAAUCCUCUCUGAGGACACCUUUAGAGAGCCAACGCAGAUGAGCACUGAUCACAUCUCAAAAGAGACAAACACACCAAUGACAGAUGUGUCAUCUCCACUUAUAUGUCAACCUGAAAAGAAAAACACAUCUAAACCAGAAAACACACAAGAGACUCAGCCCAAAUCAGACACGCAGACAAAAACAAGCACUCCUAAACGCCUGGGACUGUUCCGCCGCCUCCGUGGAGAUACCAAUAAAACCCCUGUCCCUAAAAUCCUCAUUCAGGACUUUAGCGAUAAAGAGGAGCAGCUGACCUCAAAGGAGAGGAGACGUCGAAAGAGAGAGCAGGAGAGAAAAGAGAGGGAGGAGAAAGAGAGAAAGAAACGAGAGAAAGACAAGGAAAAGGACAAACAAAGAGAGAGGAAGAAGCCUCAGACGAGAGGGAAGAGCUUUCAGGUGCUCAACAGGAAGUGCGGCAAAAAUGACGUGUCCUCUGGGAGCGGUGACCCCCAGGUGGUUCACUGCCGGAGAAAUUCUGCCCCAUUUGCAGACAGCUACUUUUAAACAGUCAG